AUGCAAGUCCGGUUUUCAGGAGAGAGAUCAUCAGCCAGGGAGAGGGAGAAAGCGUAUAAAAAGGAGCGGUCCAUCGGCAACUACCCGCAGUAUCCGUAUCCGUUUCUCGAUCCACUGUCCUCGUCUAGCGGUGGAAAUAUGUUCGCUUGGCCCUCCGUACUCGUGGUUUGUCUGAUCGCUGAACACGCGAUCGGGAGUAUAGAUAUUGGGGAUGCUGGAGGAUGGCAAGGGGUAUCCGGGGACGGCGGCUACGGGACAGGACACGGUGUAGAAUUAGGACAUCUGUCGGGCGGUCUUCACGAUGGCCUGUCCGGUUACGGUUCCUAUGGGGGUGGAGGUUUUGACCACGGACUGCAUGGACAUGUUCAGCAUCAUUACGCGCCCGCUGUGCCUGUCAGCGAACACGUUGAAGUUACGAAGCCUGUUCCUGUACCUGUCGUUAAGAAUGUUGGAGUGCCAGUCGCCCAACCAGUGGCGAUACCAGUGCCACAUCCGGUGGCUGUGGGCGUAGCACAGCCGUAUCCGGUCCAUGUACCAGUCGCCAAGCCCGUCGCGAUCCCGGUGGUGAAGACCGUGGCGAUCCCGGUCGAGAAGAAGGUUCCGUAUCCGGUGGAGAAGCUAAUACCGGUCCCAAUCGAGAAACCCGUGCCUAUACAAAUAGAGAAGCACAUACCCGUGCCCGUUGAAAAACCAUAUCCUAUCCAUAUCCCGGUGUACAAACACGUGUUCCAUCGGGUCAAGUCCCACGGAGGCCAUGGUUGGAGUCAUUAUCGCCGAAGGAACCUCUACGACUAUCAGACCGGUGCAUACAGCUAUAUGCUUGUAACCAUGAACGGAAUCAUGCUGCUUUCUCUGGUGUCCUUGGCCGCGGCCGUGCCGGUGAUCGUGAACCAGGGCCAAAACGAGCAGUAUCCUCAGCUGUACGGUGGUUUCCAACCUUUAGAAAGGUCCGACCAGGAGAGCCAUGGCACGUCGGGAGGCGGAAGCUACGGCGGCGAGUACAGCGGUGGUGAUUAUGGUGGCGGCGAUUACGGUGGCGGCAGCUAUGGUGGUGGCAGCAGCUACGGUGGCGGCAGCUACGGUGGCGGCAGCUACGGUGGCGGCAGCUACGGUGGUAGCAGCUACGGGGGUGACUUCAGUGGUGGCCACGGCGGUGGUUUCGAGGGAUCUGUCGGAGGACACUUAGAGGUAUCCGGUGACCACUUGGGUUCGGAUUACUCGUCCCUCGGGGGUGGAUACGAAGGAGAACACGAGGGCGGAGUUUCCCUGGACGGUGGCCACAGCGUGGUCCAGAGCGUUCCUGUCUCCGAACACGUGGAAGUUACCAAGCCCGUGCCCGUUAAAGUGAUUAAACACAUCGGGGUACCAGUUCCUCAGAUUCUGAAGAUAGCAGUGCCACAUCCGGUGCCAGUUGGUAUCCCCCAAAGCUACCCGGUUGCCCAGCCAAUCCCCAAGCCAGUACCAGUGCAAGUGAUCAAGACAGUGGCAGUGCCUGUGGAAAAGAAGGUCCCAUUCCCUGUGGAGAAACAUAUUCCGGUGCCAGUGGAGAAGCCAAUCCCGAUCACUAUCGAGAAACACGUGCCAGUUCCAGUCAUCAAACCGUAUCCUAUCAAGAUCCCCGUUUACAAGACGAUCUACCACCACGCGAAGAAGCACUAA